AUGGCGUCCACCGGAGAAAAAGGUUUGAUCGUGAGCUUUGGCGAGAUGCUAAUUGACUUCGUCCCCACGGAAUCAGGCGUCUCUCUCUCUGAAUCCGCCGGAUUCCUCAAAGCUCCUGGUGGUGCACCGGCCAACGUUGCAAUCGCUGUCUCGCGUCUCGGUGGUCGUGCCGCCUUUGUCGGGAAGCUCGGUGAUGAUGAGUUCGGACAUAUGCUUGCCGGAAUCUUGAGGAAGAAUGGUGUUGAAGAUAAGGGGAUCAAUUUCGACAAAGGAGCAAGAACCGCGCUUGCUUUCGUCACUUUGCGUUCGGAUGGUGAACGGGAGUUUAUGUUUUACCGGAAUCCGAGCGCCGAUAUGCUUCUCCGGCCAGACGAACUCAACCUCGAACUAAUCAGAUCCGCGAAAGUGUUUCAUUAUGGAUCAAUUAGUUUGAUAACGGAGCCAUGCAGGUCGGCUCACUUGAAGGCAAUGGAAGUGGCGAAAGAAGCCGGAGCUCUUCUUUCCUACGACCCAAACCUCAGAGAACCUCUUUGGCCAUCGGCGGAAGAAGCUCGGACACAGAUCAUGAGCAUUUGGGACAAAGCUGAGAUCAUCAAGGUCAGUGACGUCGAGCUUGAGUUUCUUACCGGAAACAAAACAAUCGAUGAUGAGACAGCAAUGUCUUUGUGGCAUCCCAAUUUGAAACUCUUGCUCGUUACCGUCGGCGAACAUGGAUGUCGCUAUUACGCUAAGAAUUUCCAUGGAACUGUUGAAACUUUUAAUGUGGACGCGGUGGAUACUACUGGAGCUGGAGAUUCCUUCGUUGGUGCACUUCUUAACCAGAUUGUUGAUGAUCAAUCUGUGUUCGAGGAGGAAGAGAGAUUGAGAAAAGUGCUGAGAUUCGCAAACGCUUGUGGAGCGAUCACUACGACCAAAAAGGGAGCGAUUCCAGCUCUUCCUACGGACUGUGAAGCUCAAAGCUUUCUUAAAGACAAGUAG